UCUAUUGUGGAGAUGUUGGAGACAGAGGGACAGAGACAUAUUGUUCUUUUACGGAGCUUCACGCCGAAACCGGUAGAAAAAUGGAUACUAAAAACACGACAUUUCACUAACUGCAAAUAUUACAUUUGGUGAAAUCCGAAAGAUCCUGUUAGACGAAUGAGUUUAUUAUUAAGAGCCGAUAUCACAACUGUUACUUUCACUAGCUAGCAGGCUAGCAGGCUAGCAGACGAGCUCCAAUGGCUGCAUGCUUGGAAUGGAUAGCUCGUUGAAACUAUUCUCUAGUAAGGAUUUAUAUUGGCAAUGGAAUAAACAUCAUCAUCUUGUUGUCGUCGUCGGUAAUAUAAAGUAAGGAUCUCCGUAGAGUGAUUGUCUCGACUGAACGGUACCGUUCACACACCGCGGACACAACAAGAAACAAGAAGAAAGUCACAUACAGGCUCACCGGUCGAGGCUCAAGGUUCAACAGACACAGACGGGGAGAACAUGACUCACAGACCUGUCCCAGAUCUUGGCAUGGGGCCACUGCCAGCCUCACCCCUACCAGGCCCUCUGAUGCCCCAGUGAAACAUGACCAAGAGGCUGUGAGGCUAGGAUAGUCCCCCCCCCCCCCGUCCCGACUCUCAACAGUUCCCCCUAAGCCCUAAACUCGCCGUCCUGCCCCACCAUGCUGCGUUUCCUGCCUCUGAAGCUGGGUCGCCUCUACCGCUGUCUGAAGCUUCUGCUGGUGGUGGGCCUGUUUGUUAUCCUCCUGAUGAACACCCACAACCUGUUCGCCUCCUUCCAGAAGAACGAGCUGACGGACCGCCGCUUCAUCAACCUCAACAAGUGCCCCGCCUGCUUCGGCACCAGCUGGUGCAGGAAGUUCAUGAACGGCCAGGUGUCCUUUGAGACCUGGGGACGCCUGCGCUUCCUGGAUGUCUUCAACGUCAAGAACGUGUACUUCGCCCAGUACGGAGAGCCGCGCGAGGGGACGAGGCGCGUGGUGCUCAAACGCCUGGGAUCCAAUCAGGAGCUGGCGGACAUCGACCAGAAGAUCUGUAAGAGAGCUACUGGCCGUCCGCGCUGCGACCUCAUCCAGGCCAUAUACAAGACUGAGUUCGCCAGGCUGAAUGGGGACGUGAGGCUGCUGACCCCUGAGGUGGUAGAGGGCUGGUCUGACCUGGUGCACUGCCCCUCCCAGAGGCUGCUGGACAGGGUGGUGCGACGUUAUGCCGAAACCAAAGACUCUGGCAGCUUCCUGCUGAAGAACCUGAAGGACACCGAGAGGAUGCAGUUACUAAUGACCCUGGCCUUCAACCCCGAGCCCCUCCUACUACAGAGUUUCCCGUCAGACGAGGGCUGGCCGUUUGCCAAGUACCUGGGGGCGUGUGGUCGAGUGGUGGCGGUGAACUACGUCGGUGAGGAGCUGUGGUCUUUCUACAACGCUCCGUGGGACAAGAGGGUCGACCUGGCCCGGCAGCUGAUGGACAUCGCUGAGCAGCUCACCAACAACGACUUUGACUUCGCCCUCUACCUGCUGGACGUGAGCUUCGAUAACUUCGCCGUGGGGCCGCGGGACGGAAAGGUCAUCGUGGUGGACGGUGAGAACGUCCUGGUGGCCGACAAGAGACUUAUCAAACAGAAUAAACCAGAGAAUUAUGACGUGUGGUACGAGAGUCGCUUCGAGGACUGUGACAAGGAAGCCUGCCUGUCCUUCUCCAAGGAGUCUCUGUGUAACCGCGUCACCGUGGACCACAACUACUACGCUGUGUGUCAGAACCUGCUUUCGCGUUACGCCACGUGGCGAGGGACCACCGGUGGCCUGCUCCACGACCCCCCCGCCCACAUAGCCAAAGACGGCCAGCUAGAAGCGCUGUUGGACGAGUGUACCAACCCUAAAAAACGCUACGGACGCUUCACAGCCGCCAAGGAGCUGAGAGACUACCUCACCCAGCAAGUGGCCUCCGCCUCGGCGAGGUAAUGACCAGAGCUGGCAGUUAGCGGUGGCCUGCAUCUCAGCCGGACGGUGGUUCGGGGUUAGGUGAGGGUUUGACCCCCCCCCCCCCCUGACCUUGUCCCCGGGAACUUGACACUCCUCGUCUCACUUCAAGUCCAGGAGAUCGCCACCCCGCUGGUCACACGGCAGCAGCUUUGAUCGGUCCUCUCGUCUCCUGGUGUCAACCAACCAGUGCAGCUUCCGAGGAGAUGUUUAAACUGAACGGACUGACCAGGAGAACGAGGAUGGGCGAAUAAGGAGAGCUUUAACCCGUGGUUAGGCUAACAUAGACAUGACUUCUCUCCUCCACCCAGACCCGCUCUGUUUAACCAUCAGGACUCUUGUGUUUGCUAUCAAUUCAUCUGAACCAUUCUUUCUUUCUGAAAAACGUCCCUGUUGUCCUUUUGGUUUGGCGUUGAAUCCGAACAGGAGCGUGUUGACAUUUCGUCUGUGGUGUGUUCUGUUCAGGAGGACGGCCACUAGCUCAACUCUGCUAUUGUCCCACGUGGAGACCUGAGCACAGCAGAGGCAGGUUAACAGAGGAAGACAAAGCCUUGGCGGCUAUAAGAGUCUUUACUUCCUGCUAGUCUAAUUGAUCACUUCCAGUUCACCUGAAUUCAGGUAAUCAACGUUUUUAUAUUAGGGAGGGAGGAACAGGAUGGUGAUGCCAAUGAGGACUGUGGUGGUGCAGAAUCUGAUAUUAGAUGUUGUGUGUGUUUACCAAAGAGGCUAUAUGAAACACUGAACUACCCCCCCAGUACCAUGACACAACGCUGUUCUGAUCCUGUAUGACUGCCCAGAGGAACCUUCCAUCUGUCUGGCAACACAAUCUGCAUAGGAACGAUUGUAUGAAUCCAACUUAAGCCCAGGGUCAGAGUUAACCAGGCUCCCUUCUCUGUGUUAAAUCAGAACCAAGCUCCCUUCUCUGUUGAAUCAGAGCUAAGCCCAGGGUCAGAGUUAACCAAGCUCCCUUCUCUGUGUUAAAUCAGAACUUAGCCCAGGGUCAGAGUUAACCAAGCUCCCUUCUCUGUGUUGAAUCAGAACUUAGCCCAGGGUCAGAGUUAACCAGGCUCCCUUCUCUGUGUUGAAUCAGAGCUAAGCCCAGGGUCAGAGUUAACCAGGCUCCCUUCUCUGUGUUGAAUCAGAACUUAGCCCAGGGUCAGAGUUAACCAGGCUCCCUUCUCUAUGUUAAAUCAGAACUUAGCCCAGGGUCAGAGUUAACCAGGCUCCCUUCUCUGUGUUGAAUCAGAGCUAAGCCCAGGGUCAGGGUUAACCAAGCUCCCUUCUCUGUGUUGAAUCAGAACUUAGCCCAGGGUCAGAGUUAACCAAGCUCCCUUCUCUAUGUUAAAUCAGAACUUAGCCCAGGGUCAGAGUUAACCAAGCUCCCUUCUCUGUGUUGAAUCAGAACUUAGCCCAGGGUCAGAGUUAACCAAGCUCCCUUCUUUGUGUUGAAUCAGAGCUAAGCCCAGGGUCAGAGUUAACCAGGCUCCCUUCUCUGUGUUGAAUCAGAGCUAAGCCCAGGGUCAGAGUUAACCAAGCUCCCUUCUCUGUGUUGAAUCAGAACCAAGCUCCCUUCUGUGUUUAAUCAGUGAUUACUUCAAGAGAUAAUUAAAGGAAGGGUGGAUGCAUUUUCAAACAGACCCUAAGAAUUGGGCCACAGUGUGAAUGUCACAUUGCCAUUGCAGUGGACUGCGGUACCCACAGAGUCUGUAAUUGGCUGUAAUUGAUAACUGACUCCAUGUCUGACUGUUUGAAAAAGGAAAUGUUGAUCCUGUCUUGUUCUGUGCGUUUUAUCUACUUCCUCAACAACCCAGAUUUGUCUCCUCACAUGUCGUAAUUUCACAGAGUUCUGUGUUCAUUAUUAAACGUUGCCUCCUCACUGCUCAGCUUCACUUUGAGCCAUCCAGCUUUAAAUGGCCUAUAUUUUCUCCAACAAAUUAGCACAUUUGGGUUGAUUUUGCACUUGGUGGACCAAUAAAUUAAAGCCCAAGUAAUCAUAAUGUACUGUAUGUUCAUUUGAAUAGUGAGAAGUUUGUUGUAGCUCAACGUCCUUUCGUCUCAGAGCUUGGGAACAGAAAAACAACGUCC